AUGACCACGAAUAACAUUUGGAGGCCAGAAGACAACAUUCCAGCAAGCAUUCUAGCGGUUCUUUCGAAACCUCACCCCAAUUAUCAGUUGGCGUUCUUAAAUAUCAUACAACUCCUGAAAACGCAAAGAAGAACGGGCUGGGUUGAUCAUGGUAUUGAUCCAUGCGAAAGUAUAUCUGAUCACAUGUAUAGAAUGAGUUUAACCUCCAUGUUAAUCACGGACAAGGAUAUAGAUCGAAACAAAUGCAUUAGAAUUGCCCUCGUUCAUGAUUUCGCAGAAUCAUUAGUGGGUGAUAUUACACCUAAUGACCCAAUGACAAAGGAGGAAAAACAUCGUAGAGAAUUCGUAACUGUCAAGUAUCUUUGUGAAACUGUUAUUAAACCCUGCAGUAAGAGUGCUUCCAAGGAAAUUCUUGAUGAUUGGUUAGCAUAUGAAGAACAAACUUGCUUAGAAGGCAGAUAUGUCAAAGAUAUCGAUAAAUAUGAAAUGUUGGUACAAUGUUUUGAGUACGAACAGAAGUACAAUGGCAAGAAGAAUCUGGAACAAUUCUGGGGUGCCAUCAGUGAUAUUAAAACUCAGGAAGUUAAAGGAUGGACUCAACGUCUACUGGAAGAUCGAAAAGCCUUUUUCGAUAGUUUAAAGGACUAA